UAUCCUUUGCUGACAUGAAUCUCCAGAUCCUCCUGGCCUGUGCAAUGUGCGCCUGCGCCGCGUCCGCCCAGACGUACGAGGCCCUGGGCGUGCUUCAGCCGGAGGAGCCGAGGGACUUAGGGAAAUACGAGGGCGUGGUGGCGGCGACCAUCGACAUCCUGCCAGAGGUUGCCAAGACCCUGAAGGAGCUGGCCAGCAAGAUGGCUCGCUCUCAGGCCGACCCCUUCGACUCGCAGAACAUGUUCGAGAUCCUGAUGGCGUUCAUGCCCGUGACCCGCAGGAUCCUGUUCGCCGUGGCGGAGGCCGAGGGGCGGAGCGUGUCCGAGGAGGAGCUGCAGAGGCUGGACCGCGCCGAGAAGAUCCUUCCCUCCGCCUUCAAGUUCAUGCUCAAGAUUCAGGGCAGCGACUUCUUCGGCUUCGAAAACCCCGCCGCCAAGAGGGCCCCGACGGAGGACGCCGCCGCCCUCGCCGACGUCAAAGUGAGCGGGUCCUUCGUCCAGAUGCCCCACGGGAGGGCAGUGUUCAUCCACCACGGGUAGGGGGCGGCAGACGCAGAUGACAGCGCAGGAGAAAAGGCAGAAGAGGUGGCGAAAGGAGAUAAACCACAAGACAGGAAGUCUGAAUAGGAGAAGGAAAACUUCAGCGAGAUGAGACAACGGGAAGUAAACAAGUUAGAAGUGGUAGUACAGAAGAAAACGAGGACAAGGUGAUGCAGAAUGCAAAGAAGAAAGGAAGUUAUGCAAGAAAAUUUAAUUGGGCAUUUAACAGAUCUCUUAUGGUCUGUUGGAGCCCUAUUAUAUGUUGAUUUUCUUUUAACAUUCAUUUGCGUAAUGCUAUCAAUAUUCUGUGAUAAGUAAUAGGUUCCCAUUACGUGUGUGAAUGUGAAU